AUGCGUUCAGCACUCCUUUCUCUCUCCGUGCUCGGAGGAGCCUUGGCGGCACGUCCGUUUCUAAACGAACCCGAUACGGGUUUCGAUGAGUACUUUGCCAAUCUACCGGCCGGAGAGCUACCGCCUCUGGAGAAACUCGUCGGACUGCCGGAUUUCGAUGCGGCGGCGAGAAGGCAUCUUACCGUUCAGAACUACACCUAUUAUCGCAAUGGUGCUGGCGGCGAGUGGUCGUACCGAAACAACCUCGAGGUUUUCAACCGAUAUAAGCUCCGUCCGAGAACUAUGGUAGAUGUUACGAAUAUCGAGUCAACACUCCCUACCACGAUUCUCGGUCACAACUUUUCCGCGCCCUUCUUCAUCAGCCCCGCUGCUCGAGGAGGCUACGGCAACACCGAUGGUGAGAAGGGACUCGUCGAGGGAGCCGCCGCGGGAGAUAUUCUCUACAUGCCUGCCCAGCUAGCUAGCUUAACUAUCGAAGAGAUUGCUACGUUCAAGGAAAACGACCAGGUUACCUUUCAGCAGGUUUACCUUGACUCAAACGACACCGCAACAAAGGACGUCUUCGCUCGAGCUGAGAAAACCGGAAGCAAGGCCAUUGUUUUUACGAUCGACUCGGCCGCGGACGGAAAUCGCCAUCGUGCGGCACGCUACGGCGUCGGCUCUGCUGACUCUGCUUAUACUUUGAUAACCUGGGACUUCUACGACCAUAUUCGCACUUUAACGGACCUGCCGAUUGUCUUGAAGGGCAUACAGACGGUGGAAGACGCGCAAAAGGCCGUCGAGCACCAGGUUCCAGCCAUCUACCUAUCCAACCACGGAGGUCGCCAGAUUGACGGCGCGCGCUCGCCUCUGGAAGUAGCUAUCGAGAUCCGCGAUAAAGCCCCCGAGGUGUUCUCGCAAUUGGAAGUAUACGCGGACGGUGGUGUGCGCUACGGCGCUGAUGUAGUCAAGCUGCUUGCUCUUGGUGUUCGCGCCGUCGGGCUCGGCCGCCCGUUCAUGUAUGCCAAUGUCUACGGCACUGACGGAGUUAAGCGCGCCAUCGAUAUCCUCAAGCAUGAGAUUGCUAUUGAUGCUGCGAACGCGGGGGUUGCGGAUUUGAAGAAGAUCGAUCCCAGCAUCGUUGAUUGGACGCCUAACUGGACUUCGUAA